AAAAGAUAUUCAUCGAACAUCUUCCCCAACCCCUAAUAUAAUCUUCAAAGUUCGUAAACCCCCUAUACAAAACAAAGGAUCCUAAUUCAAUCUACUCUAUCCAAAUUCUUUCAAUCAAUAUAAAUUGAAAUUUGAACACAUCAAAUUCGUAUGCACUUUCUUUUCUUUUUGGGUAAAUUGAUGUGCACUUCGCCACUUCCUUAUGAAACAAUCUUGCCACGUGGCAGCAACCCAAUUGGCCAAGUAAUGGUAACCCUCCAGCCUAAUCAAGCUGCCGAAUUGCCACAACCAUUUCGCCAUGUUGUAAAUUCCGUUAAAGCAAUCUUUUUAUAAUUAUUAGAGAAAAAAAAGAGUGGCAACCUAAGUCUAACCAACCAAUUUGGAGUUUCGAACAUUCACUUUAUUACAUACUUAUAAAGUAAUAUAUAUACCUUCUUCUAGCUCCCCACAAACCAUAAACAGAAUUCUUUUCCGAAACUUCUAACACUUCCUACUUUGCUAUAACCAAUUUUCUUCUUCUAAAAUGGAUUGGACCAGAGGCCAAACCAUAGGCCACGGCUCCUCUGCCUCCGUCUUCGUUGCUAAGUCACAUUGGUCCAGCGAGAUUUUCGCUGUUAAGUCAGUGGAGUUAUCCCAGUCUCAGUUCUUGCAAAAAGAGCAGAAAAUUUUGUCCGAAUUGAGCUCCCCUUACAUAGUUAGCUACAAGGGGUACGAUGUUACAAAAGAGAACGACAAAUUCAUGUUUAAUCUUAUGAUGGAGCACAUGUCUGACGGUACACUUACCGAUGAAAUUCGGAAACAUAAUGGUCGGAUCAACGAGCCUUUGAUUGGGUAUUAUACCAAGCAAAUUCUUCAAGGAGUAGAGUACCUACAUUCAAGAGGCGUAGUACACUGUGACAUUAAGGGACAGAACAUUUUGUUAGGUAAAACCGGUGCCAAAAUUGCCGACUUUGGUUGUGCUAGGUGGGUUGAUCCGGCGGAGAGGGACGGCGGCACAGCUGCUGCUUCCGCCCAGCCAAUUGGCGGCACGCCGAUGUACAUGGCGCCGGAGGUGGCGCGUGGGGAAGAACAGGGGUUUGCAGCUGAUAUAUGGGGAUUAGGAUGUACAAUUAUAGAAAUGGCCACAGGUGGAUCACCGUGGACUAACGUAACUAAUUCAGCUUCAUUGCUUUACAAAAUUGCAUUUUCAGGGCAAUCCCCAGAAAUUCCAAAGUUUCUGUCUUUACAAGCAAAGGAUUUCUUAAGCAAAUGCUUUAGAAGAGAUCCAAGAGAAAGAUGGACGGCUAAACAACUUCUCAAACAUCCAUUUCUUGAGGAAUCCAAUUCGAAUCAAGAUUUUGUGACAAGUUCCCCAACGAGCAUUCUUGAUCAAGACAUUUGGAAAUCAGUAGAGGAGACAGAAACCAUGGAUUUUUGUUCAAUAGAAACAGUAAGCUCAAUGGACUCUGCUGUGCAAAGGGUAAGAGAAUUGGGGUUGAAUUCAGGAGUACCGAACUGGAGUUGGGACGAUGAGAGAUGGAUAAGACUUAGAAGAAGCAGUGAAUAACUCGCAGAAAGACAAAGCAAUGACAGCUUUUUUCUAACUGUCAUGAUUAUGAAAUUUGAGAGCUGGUGUUGGAAAGAAACAGCUAACAAUUUUGCUGUAAAGUUUGGUACUAUACAGAACCCAAUACAGAUAUGGAGUAUAUGUUUCUCCCAAAGGUGUGAGGUUUGCAAAAACCCGAGGAAGAAGAGGCAGGUUCCGGAGCCAUUAACCAAGAAGGAAUACAAAGAAAUCCAACAUAAUAUUCAAAUGGCUUUUCUGUUAUCUCUUGUGAACAGUGGGAGAAAUUCAAAUUUUGAUCUUUAAACUUUUAAGUACAAUUUUGUC